CGGCCAAUCAUAUCGGAGGAGAGGGGGUGUGGGGAGCUUUAAAUUCCAGCCGUGGAGUGAAGGGAUGCAGUUCUGAGCUCCAGAGACACUGACAGCCCUGACACCAGCUUGGACCAGUGACCAGUCUGCAAAAAUGAUCUGUCUUGUGCUGCUGAUCGUUCUUGGUUGUUGGAGUUGGGAAGCCCAGUCUUGCUCCUGCGGCCCCAGGCACCCUCAAGCCGCAUACUGCGAUUCUGAAGUCGUUUUGCGGGCAAAGUUUAUUGGACAGUCGGACUGUGAGAAGAGGAGUCAGUGGACGAAGUUUGAGGUUAAAACUACCAAGAUUUUCAAGGCUCCAAAAGACCUGGAUGACAUCCAGUUUGUGUACAGUGCCAAACAAGAGAGUAUGUGCGGGUACCAGCACACAUCAACCAACAAGAGCGAGGAGUUUCUGAUCUCUGGUAACAUGGUAGAUGGCAGUGUCUACAUCACCUCCUGCGGCUUCAUCGCCCCGUGGGCCUCCCUGACCUACUGCCAGAGGAGGGGAUACGGGCAGGUGUACGAGAAGAACUGCGGCUGCCAGAUCGUGCCGUGCCACCACUUGCCCUGUGAGAUCUCCAACGACCGCCAGUGCCUCUGGACAGACAUGCUGAUGAAACCAAGGUCCCUGUAUGCUGGAUACCAGGCCACGAAAUUGGCCUGCGUGGACAAUGGCAGUGGCAUAUGCAUUUGGGAUUCCUUAAAGUCCCGCAUAUACGCCCCCAUCACCAAAACCACAACUCAAUAAGUACUACUGUUCCGCCGGCCCAGAUCUGACCACUUCCUGUUGACAAAUCGCAAAGAAAUGAGGUCCUCUGCAGCUCACCAGACGCACCUUAAAAUCAAGGGGCUCCCCCUAGAGGAGAAGAAAUAUACUGCAUGUGCAGGGCAUCGGAACCCACCACCUGUGCUUCCUCUGAUACUUGUGAGCUUCUGUCUUCGGCUAAUGUUAUAUACACUCGCUGCUAGAUCCAGAGUUGAUGCGUCGUGGUGCGCCGUUACUGCUUUAUACAUGUAUUGGACUGUUUAAUAAAUAUUUGUAGGAUUUUUUUUGUAAAUAACUGUGUCGCUGUCCUGAAUUGAGUAAAACUCCGCAGUCACCCGUACAUAUAAAUAUAGCGUGUUACGGAGACCCUAAUGUGACACUGGGAGCAAAUAUAGGUCAUUAAGGGGGGAGAUGUAUCAAGGCUUGGAUGGAAAUAAAGUAAGAUAAAAAGGUGGCGAAACAAAACAGUACUAGACCUCUCCUGUCUCUAGGAAAUCCCCCCUAAGCGAGGAGGGAAAGUUUCAGCAGGAAAAUAAUUUAAAUUCAAAAGUAAUCAACUACCGUAAUAUUUAGAAAGAAAAAUCAAUAGUUCAAUGGUUGGCGGUGCUCCCCAGAAUCAGAAAUAAUAUGUAUUGUUAUGGGAAAGAAAAGAAGACUCUUUUGGGGGGCACUCAUUUAUUGUAUUAUACUGUACAGGGAAAUGCCAAUGUUAAUAAAAUUUUACUUUUAUUAUAUAUUAUUAAAA